AGCUUAUCAGAGACAGCAUUUCUCUCUUUCUCUGUUUCUCUCUGAAGGAGAAUCAACAAUCUCAGGUUUUUCUCAACAAACAGCAGAAUCUCUGAUGACACACACUGCUUCUCUUUGUGCAGUAAAGCCUGUUCCCUUCCUUCCUGCUCUCAAACAGAGCCAGCUACACCCUCUCAAGUUCAUUCAGAGAGAUGGACUCUGAAGGCAGCGGGACGAUGGAGGUGGCGGCGCUCGGACGGCCUUUCAGCCUCGGGAUGUUGUACGACUGCCGCAACGACUCACUCGUCCCUGGAAUGACUUUGUGGGACCCUGAGGACCUUAAAAAACAUACUGGAGAAAGACCACAGAAUUAUAAUGAUUGUGAUUUAGUUGCUUCUGAAUCAAUUGAGGACAAAUCUUCAGCACUAAAUGUUGAAGCAUCACUGAAGGCAAGUUUCUUGAGUGGACUGGUAAAGGUUGGUGGAUCAGCCAAAUACCUGAACGAUAGUAAGACUUCCAAAAAUCAGGCCAGAGUAACACUGAAGUACCAAGCUACCACAAACGUCCACGAACUGUCCAUGAAUCAUCUUGGGAGAGACGAUGUGAUACAGAAAUCUGUCUUUGAGAAAGGAAUAGCAACACAUGUAGUCACAGGUAUCCUUUAUGGCGCACAAGCCUUCUUUGUCUUUGACCGUGAGGUGUCUGUCAACGAGAACCAUCAAGACAUUCAGGGCAACUUGAAGGUGAUGAUCAAGAAAAUUCCCUGCUUUUCAAUAGAGGGUGAAGGCUCGCUGAAAAUGGAAGACAAGGACAAAGCAAAUGUUGAGAAACUGUCCUGCAGAUUCUUUGGAGACUUUUUGAUUCAGAAACCUCCAACAUCCUUUCAGGAUGCAGUAGAGGUGUACCAAAGUCUGCCAAAGCUGCUGGGAGCCAACGGGGAAAACGCAGUACCAGUGAAGGUCUGGCUGUUGCCUCUGACAUGUUUAGAUUCUUCUGCCGCUAAACUUGUCCGUCAGAUAAGUAUAGGAUUAGUUGAAGAAUGUCAGAGUGUCCUGGAGGACUUCAGUGACCUGGAAAUGAGGUUCAAUGAUGCACUGAGAACCCAAACUGCACAGCAGUUCCCACAGAUUGGAAAAAAACUCAAAACCUUUAAACAGAAGUGCUCUCAGUUCAAACUGAAAUUCCAACAAACCCUGGCAAAGAAACUUCCAUCAAUCCGAGGAAGAGGAGAAGAAGAAGCUGUGCUCGCAGAGAUCCUGAGGAAGACAUGUUCUUCUCCUUUCAACAGCAAGGACCUGAACGAGUGGAUGGACUGUAAGGAGAGAGAAAUAUACACCGUGAUGUCUCUGACCGACAUGAUGACAAACACCAAGAUCAUCUCAUCUCAAACAGACCUGUACAAAGAAAGCUUCAAAGCAGAGCAUGCUGUGUGUUUUGUCUUCACCUCACUGGGAAGUGAUGAACCGUACCUCUCAACUUUAUCAAACCACCUUAAACAAACACCCAAACCAGACGAUGCUCAAGAACCCCCCCCUCCAGAUCAAUGGUACACCUCAAGAGAAGAAGGGGAAGCAAUGCGGCAAAAAGCAAAGCUCUUCAGUGAUUUUGCAGAGGCCAACAAGGAGAACAAGAACAUCACAUUCCUGACGGUGGGUUUAACAAACGAGACACAGAAAGGUGCCAGCAUCUACCUUUAUACAGACGGCUUUUCUGUCAAUGAGAACUUUGAGCCGCCUUCAAAGCCUGCAACAGUAACAGGAAGUGAUAUAAACCACAGCAGUGUGACGCUGAACAUUUCUCCACCCAGAUUUGGAGCAGAGGACAUCACCUCCUACUCUGUUGAGUACUGUGUCAGAGGAGAGGACGGCUGGAAACAAGAGACAGCAUCCAAAGCUGAAGAAGUCACAGUGAGCGACCUGAGUGAAGAUGGAGGCUUUGAUCUGAAGUGCCUGAAAAUGCGGGCAGAAAGCAUGGAGAAGUUAUAUGUUCAUUUUAAUAAGACAACAACCAAAAGCUUGACAAAGGAAGUCCUCAGAGAAAGAAAGCAGCCCGAGAUCUCAAUUGAACAUUUGCAAAAGCAGGUUAAAGUAGGGUUAGCCAAGCUGAGUCCUAACACAGAGUACAUGUUCAGAUGCAGGGCAGAGACACCAGUAGGUGCCGGGCCAGCCAAUGAACUCAGUGGAUCCAUUCAAACCUUACCCUGCAGCCCUCCUGGAAAACUCCAUGUUGAAUCUACCUCAGGUGAGAUAUCAGUCAGCUGGGAGAAACCUGCUGAGCUCGGACAAGAUGUCCACGUUUUGAGCUACAUCGUGGAGUACGCCGAACCAGACCAACAGGUGAAAGAGGAAGAUCUCCACUGGGAGCAAAUGAAGGCAGGAGCUGAGAAGGCGAUCAUUUCAGGACUUCAGCCAGAGACAGAAUACGCUGUCAGGGUCAGGUGUGAUUGUGGUGCAGCUGGAAGAAGCAAAGAAAGCAUCGCUGUUAAUGUCCGCACAACUAAACCUUUACGUCUCGCAGAAUUCCUCAAAAGGAAAAGCAAAAGGAUCAAUUCUGAAUCUCCCUCAGUUUACAAACUGCCUCUGACAGAAGAAGACAUGGAAGUUGAUGGAUGCCGGAGGUUCAACUUUGGCAAAGAAAGCAUGACACGAAAUCGCACAAUCAUGCUUGUUGGAGCAACUGGAUCUGGAAAGUCCACUCUGAUCAAUGGACUCAUCAACUACAUCGUUGGUGUAGAGUGGGAGGACGAUUUCAGAUUCAAGUUAGUUGAUGAGGAUCAGUCGAGAUCUCAAGCUGAGAGCCAGACCUCUGAAGUCACUGUGUACAACAUCAACCACCAAGAGGGCUUUAAAAUCCCUUUCUCUCUGACCAUUGUUGAUACUCCAGGCUUUGGAGAUACAGGAGAAAUACAAAGAGACAAGGAGAUCACAGAACAGAUUCGUAAUCACUUCUCUUGCCAGAGUGGCAUCAGUGAAAUUGACGCAGUGUGUUUUGUAGUUCCAGCUUCUUUAGCUCAGCUCACACCAACACAGCAGUAUGUGUUUGAUUCUGUGCUCUCAAUCCUUGGCAAAGAUGUUGCAGAAAACCUCCAGGUUCUGGUGACAUUCUCAGACGGCCAACGCCCACCAGUUCUAGAGGCGAUCAAAGCUUCAGGUGUCCCAUGUCCUCAAACAAAAGACGGGCUGCCAGUUCACUUCAAAUUCAAUAAUUCUGCAUUGUUUGCACAGAACCAAUCAUCUGCUGCUGCUGACUCCAGUGGAGAUGAGGUAGAUGGAGGCUUUGACAAGCUGCUCUGGAAAAUGGGGGCAAAAAGCAUGAAGAGGUUCUUUGUGGCUUUAGAUUAGAUAACAACCAAAAGUUUGACAAUGACAAAGGAAGUUCUCAGAGAAAGACAGCAGCUCCAGAUCUCAAUUUGAAAUGUGCAAAAGCAGUUUAAAGUAGGGUUAGCCCAGCUCGGGAGAUCAAGAGAUUAAAGAGACAACUGAACAACUUAAACUGCAUGAAGGAGAACUGUUCAGGAAGUGAUCGACCAAAUGAAGGCUGAAUAUCAGCAUCUUCAGGCUGAAGUGAGGGAGAUGAUGAAGAGGUCUGCUGAGUGUCUGAACAGACUAAGAGAGAUCGCACUGAGGCCAAAUCCUCUCUCCACUCCAGAGUACAUUGACCUGCUGAUUGAGGGAGAGAAAUCUGAGGCCGAGUCAGGCUGGAAGCAACGAGUUGAGUACCUGAUGGACAUGAGAGGACAAGCAGAGCUCAUGGGUAAAGUAAGGAGAGGAGAACACCUGCUUUAAAGUGAAGAAUCUUUAACUGAGAGCAACAUCAAGACCAGCUCCAACUGAGACCAAGACAAGAGCUGAACAUGAUUUCAAAGAAGAGACGUGUAAAUACACAAUUAAACAAGACAGGAUAGUGAGUGAUACUGAUCAAGAGUCCUUGAUGGCCAACACAACCAAGUGACCAUGACACAAAUGUUCAUGGGUCAUUUAUUUUUAUUUUCUGUUCUUACAAAGUUAUCGUUUAACAGUUUUUUAAUC